AUGAGAUUCCGCACAGCCAAGCCUUCAGGAUCUCUGCUUGAAACCUCUUUUUCAUCAUCAUCUUCGGUGUUGGAGGUAAGUUAUGUAAAUCAAGGUACAUGUUUUUGAAGUCAUUGAACGUUCUUAUACUUACGUGAACUUCGUUGCUAUUUCAGUUGGUUGAUGGUAAACUGUAAUACAACUACAAAGGGCUGUUGGUUCUCCAAUUGCCUCACAUAGCGGUGAAUGAUACCCAGUGGCAUCAUAUUGAGGUCCUCUGGACAGAUGUUCCCUUAACAUAA